AGUGUUACACCAAACACACCAUAUCGUGGAGUGAACGCAUGAUGGAGUCUGAAUGCAGCGAACAGAUAGAAAAGAAUCACACGGAAAUGGAAACAGAGAAGAGCUCGGACCCUGAGAACGGUCAAAGCAGUGAUACUAAACAGGACAUCACCAGCACUAAUGAAAACACAGAUGAUCCUUUUAAGAAACCGGAUAUUUUUGUGGCUCCAUCUCUCACUGUGAAGAAAUCAGGAUGUUUAAACUCAAGCAAGAAACUCACAGAGGAAUUAAACAGCAGCAGAGCAGAGAAUAAAGACAUAUAUCUUGAUUCUAUAGAUAAGCAGCCAUCUGCAAAAUCCACAGACACUCUAACAGACCCGUCCGAUCAUCCCUCAUCCGAGAGAUCAGAGGCACAGAAGGUCCAGCCCAAACCAAAAGACAUCAGACCCAAGAUCCCUGCCAGUGCCAAGCUACCCCCGGCGGGUAAAUUUCCUCCGCUCCCGUACACCGAGCCCCCGUGGGGAAGUGUUCCUGACAUCAGCUACUCGUUUGAGCUGCUGAAAAACGGGGCGAUCCUAGAUACGGUCCCACUGACCCAGAGUAGUUACUUUGUGGUUGGUCGGUUGCCGGUGUGUGAUGUGUCUCUGGAGCAUCCGUCCAUCUCCCGCUAUCACGCCGUGGUGCAGUACCGGGGCAGGGCUGGGCAGGACGGAGUCUUAGGAGAGGAGAAGGGCUUCUAUGCCUAUGAUCUGGGGAGCACUCAUGGGACUUUUGUGAAUAAGAACAAGAUACCCCCUAAAACAUACAUAAGGCUACGAGUGGGACAUGUUCUGAAGUUUGGAGGAAGCACAAGACUCUUUAUUUUGCAGGGUCCAGAGUUUGAUGAAGAAGCAGAAUCUGAACUGACUGUGACAGAGCUCAGAGAGCGUGCUAGAAAACAGAGAGAAGAGCUGGAGAAGAGGAUGAUGGGUGACGGCUCAGAUGAGGAGGAAGAGAAAGAGGACAGUGAAGUCAGUGCUACAACGAGAAGCUCCUCAGAAGAUACUGGCUGCUCUUGGGGAAUGGAUGAAGAGGCAGUGCCAGAAGAUGAUGAGAAUGAGGAGAACCCGUUUGCCACAGAAUUUCAAGAGGAUCAGGAAGCAGCAUACUUAAAAGAUCCUAAAAAGGCAUUACAGGGCUUUUAUGACAGAGAAGGAGAAGAACUAGAGUUUGAGUAUGAAGAAAAAGGCCAGGGUACCUGGCUCUGCAGAAUUAAGUUGCCAGUGGAUGAUGCUAUGGGCAGGCAGUUGGUGGCUGAAGUGACCCACUCAGGAAAAAAGAAAGAAGCUGCCGUCCAAUGCUGCUUAGAGGCCUGCCGUAUUCUGGAGGCCCGUGGUCUUCUGAGACAGGAGGCAGUGUCCCGAAAACGCAAGAAGAAGAACUGGGAAGAUGAAGAUUUUUAUGACAGUGAUGAUGACACAUUCCUUGAUCGGACAGGAGCGGUGGAGAAGAAGCGGACUGAGCGCAUGAAGAAGGCUGGAAAGAUUCAGGAGCGUCCUGUUACAUAUGAAUCACUGCUAGCCAAACUGGCAGAGGUUGAAAAAGAACUGGCUGACACUGAGAAAAGGCUCAGUUCUUCUGGGAAAGGAAUUUCCAGUUCUUUGACAGAGGACCCUCUAGAUGCUUUCAUGAGCGUUGUACGCAGCGAGACGGCUCUGGAUGGAGUGGAGAGAAAAAAGCUACAUUUACAUGUAGCCGAGUUGAAGAAGGAAGGUCAGAGACUGCGCAAGCUAGCAGACCUGGCCAAACCCACCCAGCUGCCUUCAUUACAGCCCAGCAGUCAGUCCACAGACACUGAGAAUCCUAAGAAGUUAUCUCUGCCUAUGUUUGGAGCCAUGAAGGGAGGGAGUAAAUUCAAACUGAAGACUGGAACAAUAGGAACGUUACCCCCAAAGCGAACCAAUCUGCCUCCUGAGCUCUUCAACAUGAAAGAAAUGCCCUCUGUUGGGGAGGAAGAGGAAGAAGAGGAGGAUGAAAAAAGCAAGAAGACAGAGGAUGCGGUCACAGAUGGUGAUAUGGAGGUUGCUCACUCUGCAGAGAUGACCAGCUCAGAACACUCCAGUGCAGACAGAGCUGAAACUCUGACACACCGCCCUAAUGCUAAAGGAGACCAUGAGGACCAGCCUGCUAAGUUAGUUGCAUCUCAUGAAAAACAGAAGUCUCCUCAUCUUCAAGCGAAAACUGCCUCUCGUCCAAAAGAAGAAAUUGACAACAGUGUCUCAAAUGUUCCAAAGACAAAUACAAAGAAGAAAAUGAUUGGCCCAAGCAGGCCUCCUGUGACCAUGUCUAAGCAGUACCCAGAAGAUGACCCUGACUACUGCGUUUGGGUUCCUCCGUCAGGUCAGACCGGUGAUGGUCGGACACAUCUGAACGAUAAGUAUGGAUACUGAAUACAGGAAGGAAAGACCGUCCUCUCUGGAUCAGGAAUGGAAUCAGCCCAAAAGUUUACCUUAGCGCUUGGAGUGGACAGAUAUAUAAUUUUUUCCCAUCUUUAUACUUCAUUUACAAACAGUGAACUUUUCGGCAGAUGUUUAAUUAAGACCUUUCUAGCACGUUAGUGGAAACUGUUUGGUCCUGUGACUGAGUUUCACUUCCCUUUGCCGUUUUCAUUAAAACACAUCCAUUUUCCACACCUCAUCUGAGACCAAGGAUUUUGGAGUGGAGGUAGCUUAAGGUUGGGGAAAAGAUUAUUCUGUUGUUUUCAUGGGCAAACUAGUUUCUGUUUUGCUGCUUAUUCAAUUCGAAAUGUAUUCCAUUUGAUGUUAUGUUUUUGUCAAAUAGAUCAUGCCACUGUAAUGUCAGUCCACUUACGUUUAAGCACUUCUGCUGUUCUGGGAUCAUUUUAUUUAGGCUUG